UUGCACAGUUCCCGUCGAGUGUCGAGUUGGUGAAACGGUUUUUGGACUUGCUGGUCGUCGGUCGCCGCCAUCAAUCGUUCGUGUUAAUUCACACCCCGUGUGCCAUUGAAGAAGCUCUAAAUUAGCAGCAGCGCGAGAAGCACUCAGGUUCAGCACUUUUCACCUCCCUUCUCUAUUCAAUAAAAUUUAAGCAAAUUUUUGCGCAACCAGUUUGUAGCGAGUGUGUGACACGCAAAUUGUCCACGGUUUUUUAAAUCACCCGUAAAGGAAACCCCCGAGAGAGUUAAAACUACCCCAACACCCACAAUGAGCUGGCAGGAUUAUGUUGACAAUCAGCUCCUGGCUUCCCAGUGCGUAUCGAAAGCGGCCAUCGCCGGUCACGAUGGUGGCGUUUGGGCCAAAUCAGAAGGAUUCGAGGUGUCAAAAGAAGAACUGGCGAAAAUAGUGCAAGGCUUCGACAAAACCGAACUGCUUACCUCAGGCGGCGUUACCCUGGCCGGCCAGCGUUACAUCUAUCUGUCCGGCACCGACCGAGUGAUUCGGGCCAAGCUGGGCAAGAUGGGCGUCCACUGUAUGAAGACACAGCAGGCUGUUAUAGUUUCAAUUUACGAAGAGCCAGUUCAGCCUCAGCAAGCGGCAUCUAUAGUCGAAAAGCUUGGAGAUUAUCUGAUUACCUGUGGUUAUUAGAAGAGCCGACGGCGGCGGCAGUGUGAGCGUAUCUCUUGUAUUUGUGUAAAAUCGUUUCCGUAAAUUAAGAAAUUGUAAUUUGUAUUAGCUCUUAAAAUCGCAAAGCAUCUCUCUGAAUUGGUGGAAUCGAAGAACAAACAGACAAACAGAUUAUAACUGAUUUGAAGCGCGCAGAUUAGAAUAAACAAAAGAGAAGUAAAAAGAGAAGAACCAGCCUCGAACGCGCGCGCGAGAGCCGAACGGAGCCAGCUUGCAUUCAAAAAGAGGAAAAAGAAGAGAAAAAGUUUCUAAUGCAUUCUUCGAUGUGUGGCACACAGGAGCGGAGAAAUGAAGUCAUAUAGGAUACGAGCAUGGGUUGUAACACGUCAGAACCAUGAAAAAAAGAGAGAAAAAAACAUGAGGACAUGUGUGAAACUAACUUUGUGAAGGCAAACAGCAAAAAUGUGCAGAAUUUAUGAGCAUUUUUGUUGGACAAAAUAGAAGCAGGAAAGGGAAUGAAACGCAUAACUUACUCUACUAUUAUUAUCAUCCGUAAUUGUAUUAAUUAUUCAGAAGAAACUGCUGAGGUAGGAAACAGAUUUCGAUCAUUGAUUUGCUAUACAAAAAAUCAUUUUCUUUGUCGGACAGCAUAAAUAAAAAACCAUAAUAUGAGAUAAACAAGCAAAACACUAUGAUAAGGAUAAUACAAUGAUAAUAAAAGAAACACAAGAAAAGAAUAACAGCGAAAACAUAAUGAAAACAAUGUGUGUGAUUUAUUACUAAUUUAUGAAUAAGUGAAGAAGGCAAGUGAAAAAUUAAAGAGUUUUUAUGUCUCUUUGUUUUCUAUAAAUUAUUGUAGAUUUUUGUGAUUAUAA